AUGGCAAAAGCCGAUCCAGAUCUGGACCCCGUGUGGGGUUUGUUGAUCGGCGCAGCACCGGCGCAGGACAAUUCUGAUACGGGAUUUGCACAGACGUUCCAGCUGGAGAAUGAGACUUGUGCGUCCAGGCACGGUAGAGACAACGAAGCACCGGAUGCUGAGGACGAGGCUGCGCUUCCAGACCAAGACUGGCCCAAGGAGGCUACCAACUCCUCAAAACCGAUUUCCAACGUUGUUGACAAGGCAGAGGUCUCCGCACAGAUCUUCCAACUACCAGAAGAUUCGGAUUUGAGUCCUACGCGCUGGGAUAUCCAAGGCUGUGAUGCGUUCGUCCUCGAUGGCGUUCUCAGCGAUGCAGAGUGCAGCGCGCUGCGCAGCCGUGCUGAGGGCCUCUGGACAUUCUGGGAGGACGAUCCAGAACGCCCUCGCAUUUCUUUUCGCAAUGCGCACACCGUCGAGGUGACGCACCAGGCCCUGGCAGACCGAAUUUGGCGCCGGGUAGCCUCGCACGUGCAGCCCAAGGUCGAGCUUUGCUCAGACGAUCCCCGCUUUGAAGUGGACAUCGAGGGCACCUGGUCGCCAUACGCAAUGAAUCCCAAAUUGCUGCUGUCGCGAUAUCUGGAUGGUGGCCACUUCAGCCCUCACACAGAUGGAACCACAGUGGUGGAUUUCAAUCGCCGCACCUUCUACAGUUGCGUUCUGUUCCUCAACGCUUCCCCAUGGGGUGGGCACACCCGCCUCUAUGCCGAUGAACAGAUGAGCAAAGAGCUCCGUGGAGAUGAAGCCGGGCGUUUGACAGGCGAUUCAGACCUGAUCCUCGCCGAGGUUGCUCCUGAACCAGGGAGGAUGCUGGUGUUCUACCACCGCCUCAUGCAUGAAGGCGUUCCGGCAGCAGAGAAGUACAUCAUCCGCACUGAUGUGCUCUACCGUCGUGAGCCCGAGAUCUGUACGGCGCCGGAGGAUGUCGAGGCCUUCCAAAUGUACCAGGAGGCGCAGCUGCUCGCUGAGAAGGGCGACUGCGCAGCUGCAGCAGGCCUUUUCCGCGGCGCCUUUCGCAGAAGCGCCGCCUUGAAGGCGGUCUACCGCAUGUGA